AUGAAUAUUUUGGUUCUCAUUCUACCAAUUGUAUAUGCCUGUACAGACUCAUUCGAAUGUUUUACAGAUAGUUCCAGAUUUAAUUGUAAUGGAGAACCCUGUCAAGGCAAUCUUACAGUACUAGAUAACUAUGUGAAAUUCACAUCUAAUCUUUCUAUGUACUUUCAACUGGAUAAUAAUAACAUUACUAUGCUUUUUGAAUUGCAAUUAUGUUAGAGAUUUGCUAUAGUGUUUAAUUACACAAAAUACAAUGAAAUGAAUUAAACAUAAGACGAAUAUGAUAUUACCGGCAAAGACAUCAUUUUUUUUACUUGGGUUGAAACCUAUGAUAAUUUUUAUGUUAAUGAUAACGUUGGAUCAUCUUCAACGGCAUUCAUUUGGGAUGAAUAAAAAGGAGGAUUUCAAAGUUGGCACAUUUUGGGAUACGCCAUCAUAAAUGAAACAAUCAGAAUAAAAAUUACUAGAACAUUACUUACAGAGGAUACAGAUGACUAUCAAUUUAAUUAAUAAUCAGUUGAUAUAGGAUAUCUAAUAGUGUAUAAUGAAGAAGGAAUGGUAUAUAGAAAUUACAAUAGAGGUGUAUUAACUGUUGAUCUGUAUAAUUUGGAUAACUAAAUGGAAAAAUAUGAAUAAUUUACAAAUGAAGGUCAUUCUAUUUUUCUAUUUAUCUUUUGGAGUUUCCUAUCUGAUGUAGGAAUCUUCUUUGGUAGACAAUUGAAAAGCUAUCCAAAAUAUGCUAAAGUUCAUGGAAUUAUCUUCCUCUUCUAGAGCAUUGUCACAUAUAUCUUUGUUUUCAGUAAAAUAGAAUACAGUAAUUUAUUAUCGAUUAAUAAUAGACAAAAUGAAAAUUCAAGAAAUUUAUUAUUAUGAUGGUUUGAUAAUAGCUCAUUUUGUAGUUGGUGUUAUUAUUUUGAGUAUUCUCUUUCUUUAAUUGAUGAUGGGAAUGAUUGUCAAAAAUAAUCUAGAGUCCCUGAAUGGUUCUAAUAAAAUCUAUAAGGUUAAAAGAAUUCAUUUUUAUCUUGGAUAUUUAAUAUAUUUGAUUACUAAAAUUUAAGUGGCAAUGGGAGUUCAUAUACAAAGACCAGAUUUAUUGUAAUAUUCUCUUAAUAUUGUUAUAGGAUACCCUUUUAUUACUUCUAUGUGUUUCUCUUCUUUACAAAAGUUUCCAUAGAAAUCCUCUAUUACUAUGAGGUUUCUAUUAUUCCCAGAUAGAGAAUCAUAUAUUAAUAUGUAGAAUUAGAUAAAAAUCAAAUCUAUGAGAAUUUGAUUGACAAAAUUAAUCAGAAUGGUAAAUAUGAUGUUUAUAAAUUAGUCCCUAGAAAUCAAUUAGUUAAAGAAUAUUAAAAAUUAAAUUACAUUAUUCUUAGAGAAGCCAUUUAUGAUGUGAGUGAUUUUAACCACCCAGGAGGUUAAUAUAUUCUUGAAAGAAUUACAGGAAGGGAAAUAGGAAGAUACUUUUAUGGAGGUUAUCCUAUUUAAAACUUAAAUAUUAAAAUGCAUAUUCAUACUUAAUUUGCUAUCAAUUACAUUGAAACUAGGUAUUUAGGAGAUUAUAGGAAUGACAACUGUCCAUUAUUAUAUUAUGAGGAAAAUACAUCUUUGGUUGAUAAAUACGUAUGGAAAUUUGAAUAAUCUAUUCCAUUUGCUUCAGAUGUUAGCUUAUUUAUUUUUAAAAGCCAUUUCUUUUAAGUUCGCUAAUUCUUAAAAGGAGUUUAAUGGUUUGGAAGAUACUUUUACAUAAAACCAUUCGGAACUGGCAUCAAUCUGGCUGAAAGACCUUAUUCAGUUGUCAUGGCAUACACUUAGCCAGCUAUUCUCAAAAGACAACAAAUGCUUGAUUUUUUUAAAUCUUAAGUCAUUGAAUAAGAUUACUAACCCUAUGUACCUUAAUAACAGGCCAUCUUGAGUGAUGAAAUCAACUUUAUUGUAAAGAAGUGUGAUUUCUCUAACAAUAUGAGUCGCUUUCUCCAUUGUACAGGUCAUAAACCAUACGAAAUUACAGGACCUUAUGGUUUUGGAUUGGAAUUAGAUCCUAUUUCUGAUGGAAUUCAUUAUGCAUUUGUUUAAGGAACUGGAAUUUUGCCAUUUCUUGAUUUGAUUGACUAUUUAUUAAGGAAAGCUGUCUACACAAUUCUUCAUGAUUAAAGAAGUAAAGAGGUAGCAGAUUGCAUUAAUGAUAAUAAUGAGGAAUAUCUAAAUACUUUAGGCCCAGAUUUUCAGUUAAUACUUCAUGCUGCUUUUAGUGAUGCAGCUCACUUCUAUGGACUGGCAAUAAUUUAAGAUUUGUUGUUUAUUUGUAAAACCUUCCAACUAGACUUUUUUGAUAUAAAAAUUAUGAUUAAAGAUCGAAGUAACAUUCCUGAGGAACUAUCAAAUAAUAUCGUAGAAUCAUAUUUCAAUCUCAAAUAUAUGAAGGAACACUUGAAGUUUAAACCAUCAAAAGUUUAUGUUUGUGGAAGUCCUCAAUUUGAAGAAGAAAUUUAAAGUAGACUAUUUGAACUUGGAAUACCAAAAAAAUAUUUAGUUAUUGUGUGAAUAAAAAUCAUAACAACUAUCCUCUCUCUCUUGUUGUUAGUAAUGUUGUUAAGUAUCCUUAAACAACAGUAUCCAUCUCUCCUCUNUUACAUUAUUCUUAGAGAAGCCAUUUAUGAUGUGAGUGAUUUUAACCACCCAGGAGGUUAAUAUAUUCUUGAAAGAAUUACAGGAAGGGAAAUAGGAAGAUACUUUUAUGGAGGUUAUCCUAUUUAAAACUUAAAUAUUAAAAUGCAUAUUCAUACUUAAUUUGCUAUCAAUUACAUUGAAACUAGGUAUUUAGGAGAUUAUAGGAAUGACAACUGUCCAUUAUUAUAUUAUGAGGAAAAUACAUCUUUGGUUGAUAAAUACGUAUGGAAAUUUGAAUAAUCUAUUCCAUUUGCUUCAGAUGUUAGCUUAUUUAUUUUUAAAAGCCAUUUCUUUUAAGUUCGCUAAUUCUUAAAAGGAGUUUAAUGGUUUGGAAGAUACUUUUACAUAAAACCAUUCGGAACUGGCAUCAAUCUGGCUGAAAGACCUUAUUCAGUUGUCAUGGCAUACACUUAGCCAGCUAUUCUCAAAAGACAACAAAUGCUUGAUUUUUUUAAAUCUUAAGUCAUUGAAUAAGAUUACUAACCCUAUGUACCUUAAUAACAGGCCAUCUUGAGUGAUGAAAUCAACUUUAUUGUAAAGAAGUGUGAUUUCUCUAACAAUAUGAGUCGCUUUCUCCAUUGUACAGGUCAUAAACCAUACGAAAUUACAGGACCUUAUGGUUUUGGAUUGGAAUUAGAUCCUAUUUCUGAUGGAAUUCAUUAUGCAUUUGUUUAAGGAACUGGAAUUUUGCCAUUUCUUGAUUUGAUUGACUAUUUAUUAAGGAAAGCUGUCUACACAAUUCUUCAUGAUUAAAGAAGUAAAGAGGUAGCAGAUUGCAUUAAUGAUAAUAAUGAGGAAUAUCUAAAUACUUUAGGCCCAGAUUUUCAGUUAAUACUUCAUGCUGCUUUUAGUGAUGCAGCUCACUUCUAUGGACUGGCAAUAAUUUAAGAUUUGUUGUUUAUUUGUAAAACCUUCCAACUAGACUUUUUUGAUAUAAAAAUUAUGAUUAAAGAUCGAAGUAACAUUCCUGAGGAACUAUCAAAUAAUAUCGUAGAAUCAUAUUUCAAUCUCAAAUAUAUGAAGGAACACUUGAAGUUUAAACCAUCAAAAGUUUAUGUUUGUGGAAGUCCUCAAUUUGAAGAAGAAAUUUAAAGUAGACUAUUUGAACUUGGAAUACCAAAAAAAUAUUUAGUUAUUGUGUGA